AUGUCGCCCAAGCUGAAGCUAUUCCUACGACUUGUGAGGAGUCCCAGUCAUAUCUUGUUUUUAGUGUCGAAUUUGGCUAUAUUGGUACAUUUGCAAUUUGUAUCUACUACGAGGUCAGCCAAAAUUGUUCACCUGAAAGAGAAAGAUAAUUUUGAUAAACUCCGUGCUCAGAUCAUAGAACUUGAAGAGUUGGAAGAAGAAGAGCGGCUAAUAAGAAAAGAAAUAGAGGCACUCAAAAAUCGAGCGUCGCAGAAAGAGAGGGCGUUUGAUGAUUCUCUGUCGGAGUCAAAAGUAAGUAAUUCGGGCUCGACUUAUCAAAGAACAAAUAGUGAGAUACUCAACAAGAAUCUUGCGCUGGACUUCAGACUAAAAAGACUGUCCAUCACAAGCAAUUUCAUGACCAAAGAGGGUAUGAAAACGCUAUUUACUGCCAAAAACUCACCGCGCUGGUCAUUCAUGGAUCGCAACUUCGUCUCAACUCAAGCAACAGACGACAAUCAGUUCUGUUAUGCUGGUGAAAGAAACGCAUUCCAGGCCUUUCUUCGGUACCUUAUAGGGGAUGUGAUACUUGAAAGUCUUACCUCGCUGGAGAUAGAAAUAUCCGAGUCUUUCAAAUCGGAUCUUUUCCAUUCUUUGAUUUACGAGACAACAACUGCAAAGUAUCUUAAUCACGAGAGGUCUGAUACAACGAAGUUCAUCGCUUCCUCACAGGAAUCUCUUGGAACUCGAACAAAAGGUCACCAGGAUUUGAUGAAAGAUAUAAGGGCUGCAUUUGAAUCCUACUUGUCUAACGGCACAGAGAUUGCCAAAUGUGAGCUCCUUUUGGAUCUUUGCCGAACUCUCAUUCCGACCAUCGAACCAAAGGUGAUCGACGAAGCGUUGAACGCAUUAUAUCAACACUUUGGGAUUCUGGGCCUUCACAACUACCAGGCAUUGCUUCUCGAGACAUUUCCGACGCACCAAUUUCACAACGGUUUCCGUGCAACAUACUUCAAGGAAAAGCCAAUCAUCGAUACGAACGAAAGUGUCUUUGCAGAUUCAAAUGGUGAAAAUGAGUCUGCUUCCACGCGUUUCUCAGUCAAAGAACCUCGAAUUUCCAGUUCUGAAUUUAAGCAUUUGAGAUCGAAGUUGACUCUUCUUUUAUUCAGAGAAGCAUAUGAUGAGGCCGAGAAUGUACUCAAUACCUUGCUACGUAUUGCAAAUGAUGAUGGUCUGAGCCUGUCAGGACGGCUCAAUGAGUAUGAAUCGGACACAAGACACGAUAUGAGGAACAUCUUCGAGGGUGAUUCUUUGAACGCGACGUUGCGUGCUUUAGAUCGCGAUUCUAAUUUCGAAUCGAAGUUUAGUUGGCUUCGACCACACCUCACAGCAGUUGCGGAAGAUCGACAUAUUGGUGAAAAAGUUGAAAGAGAGGAAAAGAAAGACGAACCUGUCACAGGAUAUCUUUCUAGAAAUAAUGUUGGAAAAAAGAAUCCCGUUCUCAAACUAUUGCCAGAGUCGAGCUUCAUGGCUAUGAGGGUUCAGACGUGA